CUUUCAACGCUAUUCGCGGCAUAUGCCGCGAUGAGGUGCUCCGUCCCAGGCUGCUAUUCGCGGCAUAAGUCGUUUUUGUUGUUGUUCGGUUUCGCCGGCAUGUAUCGUAUGUAUAUCACCCGGAAGGCAUCUAGACUUUAGUCAAUCUUAAAGGGCAUAUGUCUAGGUCGCAAUUGUGCUUAUAAAAAUGAAACUUUCUUUGGGAAAAUAUUGCGCCCGGCGGAGAAAUAAAAAGUAAAAAAAAAUAUGAUGCCAAAAUGGCGGCGUUCAUUGACGACGGAGAACUAGACGAUUUUAUACAGGAAUAUUUCGGUGAAUCAGACGAAGAAAGCGAAUUUGAAGGUUUUGAUCUGAACGAUAUAAUUACAGACAAUGAUAUACUGAGCGAAAUAGUAUUUGAACAAGAUGAUAAAGACAUAAAUGUUGGGGUAGAUGAGCAGAAUGGUUGGUCGCGAAUUGACACGCCCCCCUUUUGUGCUCCGUUCACUGGAACGCCGGGUCUAAAUAAUGACAUCGACUUGGGAGAAGACCCACAGCCAAUUGAUUUCUUCAAUUUAUUAUUUAAGAAUUCAAUGUGGGAUACAUUAGUCGUACAAACAAACUUAUACGCUGAAAGGAGACUUCAAAAUGAUGAACUCAAACCAAAUUCUCGCAUCACAAAAUGGCGACCAACUUCCAUAGACGAAAUGAAAGUAUUUUUUUCUUUGAUAAUUUCAAUGGGAUUAACUAGAAAAGGUGACCUAGAUGCCUAUUGGUCAACAGAUGAGGUUAUCAACACCCCAUUUUUCAGUAAAAUGAUGGCAAAAGAUAGGUUCAUGAAUAUUCUGGCCAACUUACAUUUGAAUGACAAUAAUCUUGCUAACACUGACCGUCUUUAUAAAGUAAGGCCAUUUAUUUCUAUGAUGAGAGAUACUUUUAGUGUUUAUACACCAGAAGAGAAUCUGAGUUUUGAUGAAGGAACAUGUCCCUUCAAAGGGAGAGUUAAAUUCAGGGUAUAUAAUCCUAUGAAACCCAACAAGUUUGGUAUAAAGUUGUAUCAAUGUUGUGAAGCGAGAUCUGGUUAUUGUGUUGCAUUUGAUAUAUAUGAUGCUGAUGCUGAGCGUAGCUGCAGUAUUUAUGCUGAUACUGUAGAUGUUGGAGAGGAUUGUACUCACACCACUAAAUUAGUAGUUGGACUUUUAGCUUUCUGUGGCUUGUUACUUAAGGGGUAUAAAGUAUACCUGGACAACUAUUAUUGUAGUCCUGAACUUUUCAAUGAGUUGGACCUACUAAAUACUUAUGCUUGUGGUACUGUUCGUACUAACAGAAAACUAGUUCCGAAAGCAUUUACAGAGGUAAAAAAAUUGAAACAAGGACAAGGAAUAUUUCGACGAAUGGGGAAUUUAUUAGCUAUAAAAUUUCAUGACAAACGUGAUGUGCAUAUGCUCUCUACGAUGCAUGAGGCCAAACUUAUAGUCACAGACAGAGUAAACAAGGACAACGAGCCUGUGCUCAAGCCAAACUUAGUAGUUGACUAUUGUAAAUAUAUGGGUGGUGUAGACAUGAAUGACCAAAUCUGCCAGUACUAUGAUGUUCUACGUAAAAGUGUUAAGUGGUGGAAAACUCUAUUCUUUCACUUAUUUAAUGUUCUCCUAGUGAAUGUGUACGUCUUGUUUAAGAAAUAUGGAAAGCCCGCAAAACGAAGAACGCAUCAAAUGUUCCGUCAAAGUCUAAUCCGCGCCCUCAUCGAUGAGGCAGUUGAUGCUCCUCUCCCAGACAAUACCAAAGGGAGAAAAUGUGAACCCAUUGGGAGACUUACAGGAAAACAUUUUCCGCAGUAUAUUCCGGCAAAGGAAGGGGCAAAGCGUAAAAGGCCAUUGCGAGAUUGUAAGGCAUGCAAUUUUGCGCCAAAGGACAGACAGGGUAAUCGUAGAACACAAACUUCUUUCUAUUGUCCUAAGUGUGUCGUAGCACUUUGUGUUCCAGACUGCUUUCAUGAGUACCACACAAAAAAGGAUUACAAGAGAAAAUUGGGGGUUGACGAUACCUCUUCAUCUUCAUCUUCAGAGAGUGAAUGAACACAAUGACAAAUUUCAACGUUUUGUUAUUUACAUGAAUUGAAUACCUUUGCCAAAGUUUUACAAUGUUACAGAGUUCUAUUUCUAGUUAUUAAAUUCUAUUUCUACAUUUACAAAUGUUUACAGUACUUCCCAUCUACAUGAUCUAUCAAAAUGAACCCAGUCAAGAAUUAUAUGAAUAACCAUUAUAACUACAGUAUCACAGUUUCAAGUGGUGUUUGUUGCUUGAAAAUUGAGAACACUUUUACUUCAUGGGUUUCAUUCACCUUGUCUUUAUACAGAAACUACACAACACAACACAGCUUGCAAUAUUUUAUUUACACAAUCAUACAAAUCAAUGUAAUACAGGACAUGGACAUGUAAAAAAUCUGAUUUUUUUUUUUUUUUUUUUUUUUUUUUUUUACCUGUAUUGUAUUUCACCUUGAUAUACAGGUGCAAAUAUGUCAAAUAGGUAAAAACAAACACUUAUGUAUAUGUAUAUCAAUAUAAUGAACAUGUAUACCAAAAUAUAAUCACAUUCUUUCAACAAUGAAUCCAGUAUAGACCAUUUAAUCACACAACAAUUCCAUAGAAAUCAUAGAAAUUGCUCCUGGGAAAGCACUUACCUGUAAUCAAGGUUUUUACCUGUACAAAGGUAACAAGAGCCACAAAUUUGUGAAAAUUUUAUUUUACAAUCUUUACCUGUAAAAAUUAUGAGUUGUAUACAAAAACCAACAAAGAUUCCAGUCUAGAGGAGUGGUAUACAUAAAUAAUACAGGUUAAUUAAUUUUACCUGUAGUUUACCUGUAUAUACAGAUUUCAUUAUGACCAAAAGGUAAAAAUGGAAGUCGUCAUUUUAUUGUUUGGGAUAAGGAGAACAAUUUACAUACACAAACUUUUUCUAUAUCUGCAAUAAUAAAAAAGUUAUAUCAGUUUGAAUGUAGAUGUGCAUUUUCAUUGCAAACAACAUAGAAAAUGCAGCAGCAGCAGCCAUAUUGUUCAUUUUUUGUGUA